ACGGAAUUGGUUAAAAAAGAAAAAGAAAAAAGAAGGAAGAGUUCUAGAAGCUAUUAAUACUGCGUUGAAUUUGAUCUCUUUCUUCAAUUGAAUCGCAGGUUGCAGCAAUCGUCUGAAAUGGCUUACGUUGAGCGAGGUGUUGUUAAAUCAAAGCGAUCAAUCUGGCGGCUCAAAACAAUCAUUGAUUUUUUCUGGGCCAUUGUUAACAUCAUAGGCGUGUUUUUUGCAACGAUGUUUUCGAUGGAAAAGUCGGAUGCCUACAGAAAAGGUUCUGGUUCUACUAAGAAAUGGGAUGGCGGCUCUCCUGGAGGUGGUCCCGGUGGUGGUGGUCCACCGGGCCCUCCUCGCCGCGGUCUCGACAAUGUUCGUGGGCUAGAUAGUGUCCGGGGACGUGACCAUAGUUCACUGCCUGCUUGUGGCUCCUGUUGUGGCUGAGUGCCAGACAUUCUAUUUGGGUAUGCCUUUUACGAGUGUCAAUGUGUAUCUACCAUUUGGUGUUGAACUGCUAAUAUAUAUAUGCGCAUAAGUUAAAGUAGCAAAAACUUGAAAGGUUGGCAGUAGCCCUUGUUUUCUUCACUCGGUUUUGGCUUAAAGGUUUUACUUGAAACAUGAAAGCAAUCAUAUCUUGAUGAUUAGUUUAGAUAGGUGUAAGUUAUAUUCUUAAGUUAAUUUUAUUUCUAUAAAAUAGUUUUGAUUUAAAAAUAUAAGUCGUUUAAAAUUAUUCUUGCAUCCAAUUAUGAUCCGUCAGUCGUAUGUACUAUUUUUAUCACAA